GAGUACAUGAUCCUUGCCACCAUCAUUGCAAACUGCAUUGUCUUGGCUUUGGAACAACACUUGCCUGGAGAGGACAAGACCCCCAUGUCCAAAAGACUGGAGAAAACAGAGCCAUACUUCAUUGGGAUGUUUUGCUUCGAGGCUGGAAUAAAGAUCAUUGCUUUGGGCUUUGUUUUCCAUAAAGGCUCGUACCUCAGGAAUGGAUGGAAUGUCAUGGACUUCAUCGUGGUCUUCAGUGGGAUCCUCGCUGCCACCGGAGCAUAUAUGAACAUUUCUGUAGAUCUUCGGACGUUGAGGGCCGUGCGCGUCCUCCGACCUCUCAAACUGGUGUCAGGCAUCCCCAGUUUACAGAUAGUCCUGAAGUCUAUAAUGAAGGCCAUGAUUCCACUGCUGCAGAUUGGACUGUUGCUGUUUUUUGCCAUUUUAAUGUUUGCCAUCAUCGGACUGGAGUUUUACAGCGGAAAACUACACUCUACUUGCACACCAGACCCUGGAAUACAAGAGAACGAGACAGUUGACUCAUCUGAGAUUGACUUCCCUUGUGGAGUUCGUCAGUGUCCUGCCAAAUACAACUGUAGCAAAAACUGGAUCGGCCCUAAUGAUGGAAUCACCCAGUUUGACAACAUCCUGUUCGCCGUGCUAACAGUCUUCCAGUGCAUCACCAUGGAGGGCUGGACGGCUGUGCUAUAUAACACAGAUGAUGCUUUGGGCCCAAGCUGGAACUGGCUCUACUUCAUCCCACUGAUCAUCAUCGGCUCCUUCUUUGUACUCAACCUGGUAUUGGGAGUCCUCUCUGGGGAAUUUGCCAAAGAGAGGGAGAGAGUGGAGAACCGGCGCGCCUUCAUGAAGCUGAGGCGGCAGCAGCAGAUUGAGAGGGAGCUAAACGGUUACAGAGCCUGGAUCGACAGAGCAGAGGAGGUUAUGCUCGCUGAAGAAAAUAAGAAUCCAGGACCUUCUGCCCUUGAUGUGCUGAAGAGAGCCACCACUAUCAAGAAAAGAGGCAUGGACAUAGGACAUCACGGGCAGAUGGGAGACGAACAGUACGGGGACAUGUCCUCUAUGACCCUGCCUGUGACGAGAGGAAGCAUCCGGAGCUCAAAGCGAGGUCCAGCAGCAUAUUUCCGCAGAAAAGAGCGUCUCUUACGCAUCUCCAUUCGCCGCAUUGUGAAAACGCACACAUUUUACUGGACAGUGUUGGGAUUAGUGGCUCUCAAUACACUGUGUGUGGCUAUUGUCCAUCACAAUCAGCCGCUUUGGCUGUCUGACUUUCUCUACUAUGCAGAGUUCCUGUUUCUUGCCCUUUUUCUCACUGAGAUGUUCCUGAAGAUGUACAGUUUGGGGCCUCGACUCUACUUUCACUCUUCCUUCAACUGCUUUGAUUGCAGUGUGAUAGUUGGCAGUAUCUUUGAGGUUCUGUGGGGUUUCUUUAGGCCUGGCACCUCCUUUGGCAUCAGUGUCCUGCGCGCACUUCGUCUGCUCAGGAUUUUCAAGAUCACUAAAUACUGGGCCUCUCUGCGGAAUCUGGUUGUGUCUCUAAUGAAUUCUAUGAAGUCCAUCAUCUCCCUCAUCUUCCUUCUCUUUCUUUUUAUUGUCGUAUUUGCUCUUCUUGGGAUGCAGCUCUUUGGUGGCAGGUUCAUCUUUGAAGACUACACACCAACUAACUUUGAUACUUUUCCUGCUGCCAUUAUGACUGUAUUUCAGAUCCUGACUGGAGAGGACUGGAACGAGGUGAUGUACAAUGGCAUUCGCUCUCAAGGGGGAGUGAAGUCGGGCAUGUGGUCCUCCAUCUACUUCAUUGUGCUCACACUCUUUGGAAACUAUACGCUGCUCAAUGUCUUUUUGGCCAUUGCUGUGGACAACCUUGCUAAUGCCCAAGAACUUACCAAGGAUGAAGAAGAAGCAGAGGCAGCCUUUAACCAAAAACACGCUCUUCAAAAAGCAAAGGAAGUUGGCCCUCUGUCCUCUUUCAUGUCUUCAGAGAGAGAGAGGAGGAAGAGGAUGACCAUGUCUGUAUGGGAGCAGAGGACCAGCCAGCUCCGGAGACAUCGUCAAAUGUCCAGCAGGGAAAUCCUGUACAACAACCCCAGUGAGGAGCGGGACGGCCCUGCACAAAGCCAACAUGGGCAUCCACUGUCCCUGCAACGAAAAGUAACGCAAAAUACACCUCCAUCAAGCAUCAAAUGCCCAAACGACCCCUUAGCUUCUCCUGUUAAGAGCAAAGACUUAGCAGGGGGUCCUUCUGUAGAGCCCCUGGCCACUAGCACCCCAGACCCACAGAUUGUCCCAGAAGUAUCUAUGACUUUACCAGAGCCCCCCAAAUCCGAGCUUGUACCAGAGAAUGGAAUGAUGAACAGCUCUGUGCAUGAAAGAAAGAGCAGGUUAAAUGGGGAGAGGCAACACAAGCCAGUAAAAAAAUUCCGGCCUCCAGAUAACUUGGACGUACUGACUCCAGAGAUGAGAGGGCUGGGGAGAUACAGGGGGAGGAGGUCGCCCCAUCGCUGUGACCGGUCAAUGGCCGACAGACUGGGAUUGUCGCCUGGACACAAAAACAAUGACUGUGUGGAAAGUGAGGAGAGGAGAGAGGAGAGAGCUGAGGAGAAUGGGACAGAGAAGAGGGAAGGAGAUAUUGGCCACACUGAGGACAGACAGAAUGAGGAUGUGCACCCAGAUUUUGCCGACAGCACUGAUGCCAAAAAGCCAGAAGAUCCAACAGAGCUGUCUGACCUGCCUCCACCUGUUGAUAGUGAAAUGAAAGAAAGUAUUGCAACAGAUUUGUGCCAGGACAAUUCCAAUGUCAUAAUAGAUGUUUGUAAAGAACCAGCCUCAAUGGAGCUCUCAACUAUUUCAGUGAAAAACAAGGAUCCUGAAGCCUCCAAGUCAGACAAUGAGGAGGCAGAGGACACAAAGCCUGUCAACACUAUUGUCCCCAACAGUAUGUUCAUCUUUAAACCAGAGAACCCGGUGCGGCGAGCCUGUCACUAUGUAGUAAACUUCAGGUAUUUUGAAAUGACCAUCUUACUGGUCAUUGCCGCCAGCAGCAUCGCCCUGGCAGCUGAGGACCCAGUGGAUACUACUUCUGACUGGAAUAAGGUCUUGCGCUAUUUUGAUUAUGUGUUCACUGGAGUUUUUACAUUUGAGAUGAUUAUCAAGAUGAUUGACCAGGGUUUGAUCCUCCACGAUGGCUCCUACUUCAGGGACCUGUGGAACAUCCUGGACUUUAUUGUGGUCUUUGGAGCUCUAGUAGCUUUUGCACUCACAAAUAACAAAGGUCGUGACAUUAAAACCAUCAAAUCACUGAGAGUUCUGAGAGUGCUCAGACCACUGAAGACCAUCAAGAGACUGCCCAAGCUCAAAGCCGUCUUCGAUUGUGUGGUGACAUCUCUAAAAAAUGUCUUUAACAUUUUAAUUGUCUACAAGCUCUUUAUGUUCAUCUUUGCUGUGAUCGCAGUGCAGCUUUUCAAGGGAAAGUUCUUUUACUGCACAGACAGUUCGAAGGCCAUUGAAAAAGACUGCCAGGGUUACUACAUUGACUAUGGUAAAGAUAAGAAGGAGGUGAAGGAGAGAGACUGGAGAAGACAUGAUUUUCACUAUGACAACGUGAUCUCAGCUCUGCUCACACUCUUCACUGUUUCCACUGGAGAGGGAUGGCCUCAGGUGCUGCAACACUCAGUGGAUGUGACAGAGGAAGACAGGGGUCCCAGUCACAGCAACAGAAUGGAAAUGUCCAUAUUCUACGUCAUCUACUUUGUUGUCUUUCCGUUCUUCUUUGUCAACAUCUUUGUGGCUCUCAUCAUCAUCACCUUCCAGGAGCAGGGGGACAAGAUGAUGGAGGAGUGCACCCUGGAAAAGAAUGAGAGAGCCUGCAUUGACUUUGCCAUCAGUGCCAAACCCCUUACCCGUUACAUGCCCCAGAAUCGUCACACUUUCCAGUACCGUCUUUGGCAUUUUGUGGUUUCACCAUCUUUUGAGUACACUGUACUGGCUAUGAUUGCUCUCAACACCAUCGUCCUCAUGAUGAAGUAUUACUCUGCUCCACCUGCGUAUGAGGCUGUCCUGAAGCACUUAAACACUGCCUUCACUGUGCUCUUCUCUGUGGAGUGUGUGCUCAAAAUCCUGGCCUUUGGUUUUCUAAACUACUUUAAAGACACUUGGAACAUCUUUGAUUUUAUUACUGUCCUGGGCAGCAUCGCAGAGAUCAUCAUAGACUUUCAGUUUGAGGAUUCGCUCAACAUGAGUUUCCUGAAGCUGUUUCGUGCGGCUCGUCUCAUUAAACUGUUGAGACAGGGCUACACCAUUCGUAUUCUGCUUUGGACCUUUGUGCAGUCCUUCAAGGCUCUGCCCUAUGUGUGCUUGCUCAUUGCCAUGCUCUUCUUCAUCUAUGCUAUUAUUGGGAUGCAGGUGUUCGGGAACAUAAAACUAAAUGAAAAGACCCAUAUUAACCGCCACAACAAUUUUAAGACUUUCUCCAGUGCCCUGAUGCUGCUAUUCAGGAGUGCCACAGGGGAGUCCUGGCAAGAAAUUAUGCUGUCUUGUCUUUCCGGUCAGCAGUGUGAGGUGGACCCCUCUUUACGAGACUGUGGCUCGGACUUUGCAUAUUUCUACUUUGUCUCCUUCAUCUUCUUUAGCUCCUUUUUGAUGUUGAACCUAUUUGUGGCAGUGAUCAUGGAUAACUUUGAGUACCUUACAAGAGAUUCCUCCAUCCUGGGCCCUCAUCACCUGGACGAGUUUGUUCGUAUAUGGGGGGAGUAUGACCGUGCUGCCUGUGGAAGGAUCCACUAUAAGGAGAUGUACAAAGUUGUACGCACUAUCUCACCUCCUCUGGGCUUUGGAAAGAACUGCCCCCACAGGGUGGCAUGCAAGAGAUUAGUCUUGAUGAACAUGCCUGUGGAUGACGACAUGACAGUUCACUUCACUUCCACACUCAUGGCUCUCAUCCGCACUGCACUGGAGAUCAAGAUUGCCAGAGGAGGUGAAGACCGAAACCAGAUGGACCUGGAUCUCCAGAAAGAGAUUGGUGUCAUCUGGCCCCAUUUAUCUCAGAAAACAGCAGAUCUACUUGUUCCCAUUCACAAAGCCAGUGACAUGACAAUUGGAAAGAUCUAUGCUGCCAUGAUGAUUAUGGACUACUACAAGCAAAACAAAGCCAAGAAGCUUCGGCAGCAGCUGGAGGAGCAGAAACAUGCUCCAAUGUUCCAGCGUAUGGAUGCCUCCUCUCUGCCUCAAGAAAUCCUAUGCAACGCCAGGUCCCUGUCAUUCAUGCAUCACAGCGCAGGAUCUGCUCUCACCAGAGGAGGUUUUGUAGCUCUUAGUCCAAUCUCUCCACAAGAGAUGUUCCUUCAGCCACUGUCCUGCUCCAGAGAGCUGAAGAAAGAGGAAGAAGAGGAGGAAUACCACUCUCCUUAUCAUCCAUAUCCACGUCUGCACUAUCACCAUCAUUUACACACACUGGUUCCUAAUGUUAUAGAAUACAACAAUGCAAUGCAACAGGCCAAACAGGACCCAGCAGGUCUGAGAUCCCCUCAGCACACACCCUCCAUUAGAGCGUCGUCCAUGCCUAGACUGGCUGUGGAACCACCGCCUGGGAUAUCUGCCGACACUAAGCUGAUGAAACGUUCCUUUUCCACCAUUGGUGAUCAGUGUGUAAAUGGUCUGUGGCAAGAACAACAUUCUCUGGAGAGAGUUAGUCCUGACAGCACAUACAAGCCGCGCCAAAGAAGUUACAGAGGCCCUAGAAUCAACCACAAAGAAGCCAUGAGUACUGAGAGGGGUCGGUCUAGGGAACGGAGACACCUAUUGUCCCCUGAUGUUUCACGGUGCAACUCUGAAGAGCGAAGCCGGGACCCUUCAAGUGAAGGUCCACCGUCUCGAUCCCCAAGUGAGGGGCGAGCCAGCUCCACACAAAAACAGGUAAACCCCACUGGCAGUCCUGCCCACUCUGCCUCAGAGUCUAGCACUCCUCGAAAUCGACGACAGCUGCCCCAGACUCCGUCUCGCCCACGGCCUUAUAUCAGCUACUCCCCUCUGGUGUGCCGGCCCACACCCGCCCCUGCACCAGCACCCACCUCUGAGGGGCCCAGCCAGCCUCAGGAUGCCCUCAUAGACACCUCCGCACAAAAAGAGUCCAGAGCACCGGGACCAAGCGGGGAUCACGUUUCAGGACCAAGCCACCCCUCUCCUCACCGCUACAUAUCUGAGCCGUAUCUCCCACUCCAUCAGGACCUCAGCAGGGGUGAGGCAGCAGAGGGACAGGACACACUCACAUUUGAGACUGCAGUAGCUACCAGCCUGGGCCGGGCUAAUGCUAUAAGCUCGGCUCCACAGCUCAGACACUCGUGGCAGGUCCCAAAUGGACAUUUCAGGAAGCACUUGGGACCGGCUGGACCAACCAAUGCUACUGAGCUGCUCAGUGACACAGAUGAAGAUGACCGCUGCUAAACCCCUAAGAGUGGUAAAGUGCAUGAAGUGCUCAGCAGCCUCAGGAGUGGACUACGGCUCUGAGACGGAUUCACAGUAGCAUUAUGGACAGGGUCAAAUGCCAGUCUACGUAUUGGUGUCUGUCUGACACAGGUCCUGUCAUUGUGGACAUACAGUAAAUGUGCAUUCAUCCAUGAGGGUCCUUUUGGAAGAAUCUUGCCAAAUAUGACUACAUCUGAUCCAUGAGUAACUCAAUGUAGGCAAUACACCUCCAAGUUGUCAUAUGAACAACAUAUGAGAUGAUUCAAGGUGUCUUGACUCUGAUUAGAAUGCAUUUGUGGAUAGAGGUAGC